AUGAGAACUAUUUUAACACGAUCAAUAUUCAAUUUUAGAUAUCCAAAUAUUAUUCAACGAGCAAUGUCUUCAACUUCAACUUCAACAUCAACUCCAAGUUUUCCUGAGCCAACUGAAGCCAGAAAACAAGAAUUAAUCACUAAUUAUAACAACACUUUACAACAAGUUCAAUCCCUUAAUCCAAAAGUCAAUUUGGUGGCUGUUUCUAAAUUGAAACCUUCCUCAGAUAUAAUGGCUCUAUAUUCAAUAGGAGUACGUCAUUUUGGUGAAAAUUAUGUUCAAGAAUUAAUUGCCAAAUCACAAGAACUCCCCAAUGAUAUCAAAUGGCAUUUCAUUGGUGGAUUACAAUCAGGUAAAGCUAAAGAUUUAAGUAAACAUGUUGCAAAUUUAUAUGCUGUGGAAACCAUUGAUUCAUUAAAGAAAUGUAAACAAUUGGAUAAUACUAGGGUUAAAGUUGAAGGUGAUGAUAUAAAUGUUUUUUUACAAAUUAAUACAUCAGGGGAAGAACAAAAAUCUGGAUUCCAAAAUUUACAAGAUAUUGAAUCUACCGUGGAAUUUUUAUUAUCAUCAGAUUGUAAAAAAUUGAAAUUUUUGGGGUUAAUGACUAUUGGAUCAUUUAAUGAAUCUAUUUCUAAUGAAAAUGAUAAAGAAAAUCAAGAUUUUAAAAAAUUGGUUGAAAUGAAACAAAUUUUGGAUUCUAAAUAUAAUUUAAAUCUUGAAUUGAGUAUGGGGAUGAGUAAUGAUUUUCAACAAGCUAUUAAACAAGGAAGUACAAGUGUUAGGGUAGGAACUACAAUAUUUGGUUCAAGACCUCCAAGACAACAACAAAAAUAA